GAUGUAUGCAUAAAUAGCACCACCCCCUCUGCAAGAAAACCUUCACUGAAUCAAACCACAAUUAAUCCAAGAGAUUUCUGAUAGUCCUCAUGCAACAAGCUACUGCACCACCAUCUGAUGCUAAAGCGAGCGCGAGCGCAGUUCCGGUAGCGUACGCUAAUCCCACGGUUGCGAUCAUCAGCCCUAGUUUCUGCACUCCCUACCCCGUUGAUCUUGGCAUUGUCCGAAAAGUUCUGACCAUAACCCAUGGCAACUUUGUAGUCACGGAUGUCAAUGGCAACACUGUUUUCAAAGUGAAAGGAGCGCACUUAAGCUUACGUGACCGUCGAGUUUUACUUGAUGCUGCUGGUUACCCCAUUGUCACUUUCCGAAAGAAGUUGAGGUCGGUACAUGAAAGAUGGCAAGUUUUCAGGGGAGAUAGCACAGAAUUGAGUAAUCUGGUAUUUAGUGUUAAGAUGUCUUCAUGGAUUCAGAUGAAGACCAAAUUGGAUGUGUUCUUAGCAAGUAACACAAGAGAGGAUGCACCUGACUUCCAAGUUAAAGGAAGUUGGUUUGAAAGAUCUUGUGUUGUAUAUGCUGGCAACUCCUCCACUAUUCUUGCACAGAUGCACAAGAAGCACACAGUUUCAAGCGUGCUGUUUGGGAAGGACAAUUUCAGUGUCACAGUAUAUCCUGGGGUUGACUACGCUUUCAUCGUUGCUCUUAUUGUCAUCCUUGAUGAGAUCAAUACUAAUGAUUCUUGACCGUGAAAACAAAAAAACCAUGAAGAAUAUGAUUCAUAAUUUGAUUCAUAUGAAUAUGCAUGCAUUUAAUCAAUUGGUUUGAUCUUUAUCAUUAGUUUACGUACUAUUGUUUGUAUAAGUUACAUUCCAGUUAAUAAAGCUUCGGAGUUUGAGAUCCC